AAAUCCUUACGCAAUUUCCUCCAGACAGGAAGUGUGAUGUGGCGUUGACUUGGGACGAAAAUGUCGGCCAUUUUUAACUUCCAGUCACUGCUCACAGUGAUUCUGCUGUUGAUUUGUACGUGCGCCUACAUUAGAGCUCUGGCGCCCAGCCUCCUGGACAAGAACAAAACUGGGAUUCUAGGAAUUUUCUGGAAAUGUGCCAGGAUAGGAGAGCGGAAAAGUCCCUGGGUGGCCUGCUGCUGUAUCAUUAUGGCGUUUAGCACACUUUUUCUACAGUAGCUGUCCAGAGGUGAAUGGAAAUAUGAGUCGAUAAAGGCGCACGGACAAUACAAUUGCAGAAGACCUUCAGUGGCUUUCUGUGACCUGGGGGACUGGCUCGAGUCACAGAGGCGAGGUGUGUCCUGUUGGAAGUCUGUGGCAGUAGCUUCAUCCCUGAACUGUCCUUGAACAUGAUUCUGGGGAGCCUUUUCACUGGGUGUCCGUGGUCGGAGGGUAAAUGCUUUACGUUGUUUAACUCAUUAUCGAGGAAUCAAAUGCAAAAUUUUGGGAUCAAAAUGUAAUCAUGUUGCAAUGCGUGUUCUGUUUUUAACUCAUAAAAGAGUGUCCUUGUAACAUACACAUGGGUCAUGUGACCGAGUUUUCCCCCAGCUCUUGACACAACCGCUAAUGAAGCCAACCUUUGUAUUCCACAACGAGCAAACUGUGUGUCUUGCUUUUAGUGGUUUCUCAUGUUUGCUUUGGAAGAAACCAGGGAUUUGACAUCCUGUGCUAUUUAUUAAGCAGUGUUUUUGGACAUGUAGUCACCUGGUUUGUGAAUGAAAACCACUUGGGUCUCACUUUCCUCUUGACAGCAUGUUUGACUGUUGAGAAACCUGGGCUCGACAAAGGCAUGUAAACCUGUUUUCAUUUUUGUACUGUCAUAAUUAAACUUCCUCUUAAAUAAAGCACAAGGCAGUUUUGACUGAAA